AUCUGAGGAAGAACGGGGAAGGCCACUCCUCCCUCCACACAUCCCGAUUCCCAUAUCUCCUCUCCCUGCCCGGCCGGCCUCCCGCCGCCGCACCUCCACACACCACAGCCAGGCCUCCUCGAUCUCCUCUGCUAGCUCUCCACCAUGGCGGCGCCCGAGGCCUGGCUAUCUCCGGCGGCGUCCCGCCUCCCCUCCCUCGCCAACGCACCACCUCUUCGCUUUCGCGCCAAGCCUAAGCCAUCAUCAGCGGCCUGCUCCUUGCUCUCCCGCCCAGCUGCAGCCCUGCACGUGCUGCACCGAAGGGUGACCACCGUCCGCCGCCGUCUUGGCGCCACCGAGCAGCAAGGCCAGGUUCAGGAGCAGGAGGAGGAGGUGGUCGACGGCAACGUCCUCCCCUACUGCAGCAUCGACAGGAAGCAGAAGAGGACGCUGGGAGAGAUGGAGCAGGAGUUCCUACAGGCGCUCCAGUCCUUCUACUACGACCAGAAGGCCAUCAUGUCCAACGAGGAGUUCGACAACCUCAAGGAGGAGCUCAUGUGGGAAGGGAGCAGUGUCGUUAUGCUAAGCCCUGAUGAGCAAAGGCUUUUGGAGGCUUCCAUGGCCUAUGCGGCUGGCAAUCCCAUCAUGUCUGAUGCUGAAUUUGACGAGUUGAAACUCAAAUUGAAGAAAGACGGGAGUGACAUUGUGACUGAAGGUCCCAGGUGCAGUCUAAGGAGUCGUAAGGUGUACAGUGACUUGUCUGUUGACUACUUAAAGAUGUUCCUGCUAAAUGUUCCAGCCACCGUAGUUGCUCUGGGACUGUUCUUCUUCAUUGACGAGUUGACUGGCUUUGAGAUCAAUGUGUUCCAGCUGCCAGAGCCUUUUGGUUUCAUUUUCACAUGGUUUGCUGCUUUGCCACUAAUAUUGUUCUUAGCACAAUCGUUGACUAAAGCCAUAGUCCAGGACUUUCUAAUCUUGAAGGGGCCAUGUCCAAACUGUGGCACUGAAAAUCUUUCCUUCUUCGGGACAAUACUGUCGGUCUCUAGUGGCGGUACAACAAACAACGUCAAAUGUGCAGAUUGCGGUACCGAGUUAGUAUACGACUCAAAAUCUCGGCUCAUCACACCUGCAGAGGCGUCAAAAGCAUAAGCCUGCAAGGAAGGAGCUCCAGCAUGCAUUUUGGAUUGUGUGGAACAAUGCAAUAAGCAGACUAGCAGAGUAUAUAAUGCGUGCGUGGUACGGUGUGGAUGAUGAUGACCCUUCAUGUAGACCUGUAGUAGUGUAUGUAUGUAUAGAUCGAAGAGCCUAGGGGUGUGUGUGUGGAUAUAUAGCUGACGAUCGAUUGUACAGUGACUGUUAAUCGUCUCAAGUACGUCCAGUCCACUACGUACCGUACCUAUGCUA